AGAGCCCCAUUAAAGUAAAAAGAAGAUAAAAAUCGAUCAGAAAACCAACUGUACGAAGCAAGGAUUCACACCAAUCACGCGAAGGUGGAGUUGAGGGAUUAAACUGGAUUAAAGAAGCGACCCAAGUUGAGUUGUCCAGCAGCUGAUUGAUCGAAGUUUCAACGACUUGCCUUUAAACAAAUUUGGCAUAUGUACCUUGCUUCAGGUUCCUGCGUCUCCGCCAUGAUGCUGAAGGGCGAGCGCUGCCGAAACAAUGGGUUGCACUGCUUCUGUUUGCAUGGUUGGGACGAGGAGGAAGAAGUUGAGCAUCCCGGAAAUCGCCGUGUUCGUCCCUUCGAUGCGAGUGCCGGUCCAAUCCAAUCUUCAGAGGGCUCUCAAAGGACUGGUCCCCCGGUAUCUCGUCGAUAGGUUGUCAGCGCUGCGGAAUCAGAUACUGUUACUAGCAGAGGACACUGAUGGAUCGGCCGCCAAUGAAUUGAAACGACCUCUAGAGGAAUACUUGUCUCUUGUCAUUGGGCUGACAAAGAAAGAACACGGUCUCGUUGAGUCGGUGGAAUUUAAGUGGAAAAACCUUUGCGAUGGAUGGCAAGAAUCCUCCAUGGCGAACUCCUGGUUAGAAUUGCUGUCCAUCAUUCACAUGAUGGCCAUGGUGGCACUAUUCGAGGCGGAUUCGCUGAUGAUCCCCAAGGAUUGUCCUGGCUCUGAAGUGAGGACUGUUUCUGCAGAUUGCAAGAGGAAUGCUGUCGACUUGUUACUGAAGGCGUCUGGGUACUUGGACUUUUGCAUCCGGGAGGUACUAAUACACAUCCCGCCCGGGCUAAAGGAUAGAUUGCCAAUAGAUUUGCAGGACGGUGUACUGGAGGCUACAUACAUUCAAGCUCUAGGCCAGGGAACUGAAAUACAACUGGGAUUGGCUGUUGAGAGCCAAACAGCCAGCUUGUCGGUCAAGAGGAGGUUGGCGUGCGAGCAAUUAACCUAUUUUAGCCAGGCUUAUACCUGCUUGUCCGAGUGUGAUCUGAGUAACGGCUAUGGAAAGAAGCAACUGCUGUUCAUCAAGUGGAAAUACCUCGAAGCAAAGGCCGCCUCUUACUACUACCAUGGACAAAUCGUUGAUAAGGCAAACGAACCGUCCUGUCAUGUUAGCGCCUUUUUUUGUUUUCUGGCCGCUGAAGAACUCCUAGCAGAAAGCAAGAAAGCAUGCCUAAGCUUUUGCCUUGCAGUUCCCGUCUCUAGGAUCCCUCCGCUCUGGGGUGUAAUGAAGUACUUAUAUCAGAAGAUUCCCGAAGUCGUGUCGAGGAAAUCACAAACGUAUGGAUACCUUUUAGAACAAGAAAAGGCCCUGCAGACUCUGCCGGACCUGCCCGAGUUUCAGUUGUCUUUGAGACCUGACGACUACGAACUACCCGAGAUCGAUCCCGUGUGGGACUGUGGAAAGUGGGAGAUCGAAAGCCAGACCCUCAAAGAACACCUCAAGGAUUAUGAAGACGAGAUCGAAUCUUGAGGACUCGGCUUGUAUGACCGGCCGAACCUGCGACCGUUCCUCGUUACUCACUUUCCACGAGAGUUUUAGAGGAGCUGAUAGAUAUACUUGAGGAGAGCAACACAUAGCAUCAAGCAAUAAUCUGUCAUGAAAGGACCUAUUUCAUGACCGGUGAGAUUGUGAAGAAUUGACUCAAGCAAUCAUCUCAAGACAGCCCCUUCAGCAAUCAUAAGCCUAUGCAUAUACUGGAGAUAGCCAACAAAGCAAUCUGCUCGAGUUUUUGUUUGUUUGACGGUUUGGUUUGGAUCGGCUUCUGUACUCGGGACAAUGUUACUACGCCGUACCUUUGUAAAUUAGGGGACUGGUUGACUAUUAACAUGGUCAUGUCACAAGUUUAUGAUACUAAGAAUGAUGCUUGUUGGA